AUGAAGACCGCCUCGCUCACAUCCGUGAGGAUUGUUAUUGUCUACACCGCUGCUACUGUCUACACCGCCGUUCCUGUCUACACUGCUGUUUCUGUCUACACCGCUGCUCCUAGCUACACCACUGUUCCUGUCUGCGCCACCUUUCUGGUCAUUUGUGCAACGCUCUCACUGUGUAUUGUCACCGACCCGCUGGAGAUUGUUUCCACCGCUAUGAAAAACUGUUCGUUUUUGAGGGGGGGGUAUGUUACCGCCAAUAUAACUUCGGCAGUUUCCCUCUUAUAUCUGUCGCUAUGUCGUAUUUUUGUCUACAUACUAAGAUUUGUCAACCGCAUCAAACCAGCCCGUUAUGAAUAUCGCUGCAAAAUAGUCAAACAGAUUGAAACCUGUGAAACGCCUGCCUCAAUUGACACCACCGCCUGUGAAGCUGAAAUAGCUAGAAAACUCAUUGUUCAUGUUGUGCAACGGGAUAAAUUUCAGAAGGAAAUAACAGAGUUGAAAGCUGGAAAAUGUCCUAAGCAUCUACUAACGUUGCAACCGUACAUUGAUGAUUACGAUUUGAUACGCUUAUCUGGUCGUCUUGAGCACGCUCCGAUUUCUAGUGAAGCUAGAAAUCCAUUAUUGCUGCCGAAAAAUGAGCAUGUAUCCUCACUCAUCAUUCGACACAUACAUCUUCAAAAUUGUCAUGCCGGUCCCCGCACCACACAAGCAGCUGUUUGCCAACAGUAUUGGAUAAUCUCUGCCCGCAAUCAAGUUCGCCGCAUAAUACAUCAAUGUGUCAUUUGUAACCGCUUUUGCCGCACCAACCUACAGCAACGUAUGGCCCCGCUACCUGCUGAACGAGUCACCGCCAAUAGACCAUUCAAUUUAACUGGCUUGGACUUUGCUGGUCCUUUCUCAUGCAAAACAUCUUUAUUGAAACGCACACAAACAACAAAAGGUUAUCUGUGCAUAUUUGUAUGUUUGACCACCAAAGCUACUCAUCUAGAGUUCCUGUCCUCGAUGUCUGUCAACAACUUCAUCGCCGCUCUACACCGAUUUAUUGCCCGCAGAGGUGCGCCGCACACUCUGUUUUCAGACAACGCUAAGACUUUCACAUCCGCCGCAAGAAAAAUGUAUGAGUUAGAAAAACUCUUGAAGACGAUGCCCUCUGAAGUGAAGUGCUUUCUGUCUAACUACGGCAUAAACUGGAAGUUCAUUCCCCUUAUGCUCCGCAUCAAGGAGGCAUAUGGGAAGCCGCCGUCAAAUCCGCCAAAACACUGCUACACCGCUGUAUUGGGGACACAGCUCUUACAUACGAAGAGUAUGACACCAUUUUCGUUAGAAUUGAAAGUAUUCUAA